AUGCCCGAUCGCGCACACAACCCUCGGUCCACGAGGGACACAGCGCGCCGCGCCGGCCGCCACCGCGUGGAGGAACGAGGGGAGGGGCGCGGCGGGUCCCCCUCCUCCUCCGCACCCCCACCCCCCCGUCGCGAGCCCGCCCGCCCCGGCGGCCCCGGGAGCCGGGCCGGGGACCCCCGGCCGGGCCACACCGGGGCCGGCCGACGCGCCCUCAAGCGCCCGUCCGUCCCGCCCACCCCAGAGGGGCGGGGGACGCCAGGCGGCGAGGACGCGGCGACCGGCCCGCGGGAGGCAGACCGGGGACCCGACCCGCGCUCGGGAGAGCGCAUCGGAGCGGGGGGCGCGGCGGGGGGGGGCUGGUGGGGGGGUGGGGGGGGUCGCGGGCGCUCCCCCUCGCCCAGCCCGCGACGACGUCGGCGGACAGGCGGCGGCGGCGGCAAAGCGGGCAACGGAUCGGGGCCGCGGCAGGCCCGGGGAAGCGAGACACGCCAGGGCGCGGGCCCCGGGGAGCAGCAGACGGGGAGCGGACCGAGGCGGACGGACGGACGGACGGAGAGGGGCACCGACGGGGUGCGGCCAUGUGACACCAACGCCACAGAACCGGCGGUGGAGGCGGGGGUGGCCGCGCGCCACCGCGAGGGGGAUGGCUCGAAACGACCCGGGGGAAGCGAGUCAGCCGCCAGGGCGCACCGCGGGAUCUCACCGCCAGAGGCCUCCCAGCACAGGGGCGGUCCCGAGGCACACCCAGAACGACAGACUGGCCUCUCCGGCCACCCCCCCCCCCGCGGGGGGGAGGGGGCGCACCCCUCACGGGGCCUCACGCCCACCGCCAAUCCUACACCCGGAGCCGCAGCCAGCCCGGGAGAACGCUCUCCCGCCGCGUACCAGCGGCCCCCCCAGCCCUCACACGGGCAACCCUGCUGGCUCCGAGGGCACUGCUCCACCCGGGGACGCCACCGGCCGACGGAGGCCGGGAGACGACACCCACGUGAGGCGAGGCCGGCUCGGUCCCAGACCGCAGGGAGCGGGGGUGGAAGGGGACACAGGCGGUCGCACGCGCGGGACGAGGAGGAAGGCCGGCAGCGGUGGGGAGGGGCCGGCAAGCACGCGCAGCAGGGGUCACGGGACGGGGGCGAGGGCGCCGCCCGGGGACCAGAAAACACCAGGACACAGCCGGGCCACCAGGAAAACCAGCGCGGGAUCCCACCGCCACCCACACACGAGGGCGGUCCCGCAACGCCUGGGACGCCGGCCGUUCCUGGCCAUCCCUGGAGCGGGCCCCACACCCCAGCCCCGCCGCCAGGGCCGGCGUGCCGUCCACCCAACCUUCCUCCAUCCAUCCAUCCAUCCUUCCUCAACAGAUCCGUCUUCCGUCUAAGCCUGACCCCGAGGCUCAACAUCCUGGGGACACACUCUCGAGCAAGGGCGGCCCCGACCGGGCCCACCACACCGCCACCGGCUGCGGCUCAGGGGCGAGGGCGGGCACGACAGGCUCCUCCUCACCACGGCUGCAGGGCUGGGGGAGCCGGGGCCGACCAGGCAGUCGCACCCCAACGCCCCCCCCUUCCCCCUGGGCUCACACCACGGGGCCGGCUGCGCACAACACAGCACACACGGCUCCCCACUCGCCGGACACCCGGCAGGGCCCAGCGGGACCCUCCCCCAACUCAGAGGGGGGAGGCGCGGGCCGCAGUAGGCAACAAGCAGCACACGGCCCCACCGCGGGGCCGGUGCAUCCAUCACCCCCCUUCCCCACGGGGGGGGGGGGUUCUGCCCACGUGCUCUGGCAGUCGCCACAGUGGCCACUGCGCACUCAGGAGGGGCAGCGGCUGGGGGGUCCGGUACCCCAAGGCUCCCUCUCGGAUCGCUAGAGAAGGCUUUCUCACCGAGGGCGCACCGUCCCUCACCCGAUCGUCUCUCCUUCGGGCCCACGGAGGCACACCAGGAGCCGCCACUCAACUGGGCGGGAGGGGUCUGCGGCAUAGGGGCAAGGGGGAAAAGACAGGCGAGGGGCCCCGUGGACAGACCGAGAAGAGCGGACACGUUCACUGGGAACACCCGUCCCUCGUCCGGCACGGCCUAGGCCCGGCCCGGGAGAGCACAACCACACCACAUCAAUCAGUUGAGCCAAGACGCGGCACCACGAGCUGGGUCGGCCAGACACGCCACACAGGAGCCGGCGCACAGGCCCAGGCAGGCGGCUCCAGCGGCAAAGGCAGAACCAGGCGCCAGCUGGCGGCCCACAGGCCCGGAGCCCCGCGUGCAUCCAGAGACCCAAAGUCCUCGGCGGCAGACACCAAAGGAGACCGUGUCAGCACUUACCUGGUGGCAAAAAAGACCUAUUUUGGGCGACAAAAUGACAGCAGACGACAGCGGGGCCCAUCUAUGCCUCGCAGGGAGGGACCCCGGAACCUUGACCCGGCCACCUGUCCCCAGCACUACCCCAUGAACAUCAGGCCUGGAGCUCUCGGGGGCCAUCUGGCGUACCGGUCCGUCCGAGUCUCCGAACGGGGAUUUGACUUCGACGUGCAUAAAGAAAAAAGAAGAAAGAACCGUCAGCGGGGCGCCUCCAACAAGACGAGCGGGCCCCGACCAGGGCCCACGCCCGGGGCCCAGACCGUCCUACACAGGGCACCCAGGACGGCUCGAGCCGGUCCCCACCCACCUCCUGACUGA